AGACCAUGGCAGGGGAAUGUUGAGAUCCUGACUCACUUCUUUUUACCUUCAGGGUUUUUAUGGGGUGUUGGAAGUUCUGCGUACCAAACUGAAGGGGCCUGGGACAAGGAUGGGAAAGGACCAAGUAUCUGGGAUGCUUUUACUCACAAGAAAGGGAAAGUGUUCAGAAAUGAAACAGGAGAUUCAGCAUGUGAUGGCUACUACAAAGUUAAGGAUGACAUUCAGUUAUUAAAGGAGUUGAAAGUGAAUCACUAUCUCUUCUCUAUCUCAUGGCCUCGGAUUAUGCCCACUGGAAUUAAAACAGAGCAAGUGAAUGAGAAGGGAAUACAGUUCUACAAUGAUACAAUUAAUAGUCUUCUGGAAAACAACAUUAUCCCUAUUGUGAGCCUCUACCACUGGGAUCUUCCACAGGUUCUUCACGAAAAGUACGGGGGCUGGCAAAAUAUAAGCAUGAUAAAUUAUUUCAAUGAUUAUGCAAAUCUGUGUUUUGAGAAGUUUGGUGAUCGUGUGAAACACUGGAUUACUUUUAGUGACCCCUGGGCAGUUGCUGUAAAGGGAUAUGACACAGGAGAACAUGCGCCAGGACUGAAGCUUGGUGGAUGCGGCGCGUACAAAGCAGCACACCAUCUAAUUAAAGCUCAUGCAAAGGUAUGGCACUCCUACAAUGACACAUGGCAUAGCGAGCAGCAAGGUAUGGUUGGAAUUUCCCUAACAAGUGGCUGGGGUGAGCCUAUUGAUCCACACAGCCAAACAGACAAAGUUGCUGCUGAAAGAUACAUACAGUUCCAUUUGGGAUGGUUCGCAAAUCCGAUUUACAAAGGAGACUAUCCAGAAGUUAUGAAGAAUUACAUAGGUAAGAAAAGUGCCCAGCAGGGCCUGGGGACCUCAAGACUACCAACCUUCUCAGCACAAGAGAAAACCUACAUUAAAGGCACAUCGGAUUUCCUGGGAAUAGGCCAUUUUACUACUCGUUAUGUUCUACAGAAGAACUUUCCUUCUCUACAAGUGCCCAGUUACCACACUGACUAUGAUCUGGCUGAACUGGUGGACCCAAAAUGGCCAGCUCCAGGACCUAAAUGGUUAUAUUUUGUGCCCUGGGGAUUCAGAAGAUUACUCAACUUCAUUAAGACGCAGUACAGGAACCCUCUCAUUUAUGUGACAGAGAACGGAGUUUCUGAAAAGAUACAGUGUACUCAGCUGUGUGAUGAAUGGAGGAUAGAGUAUCUGAAAGCAUAUAUUAAUGAAAUACUCAAAGCUCUGAAUGAUGGUGUAAAUGUCAAAGGCUACACUGCCUGGUCACUUCUGGAUAAGUUUGAAUGGAACAAAGGCUUCUCUGAGAGAUUUGGAUUUUAUCACAUUGAUUUCAAAAACAAGAACAAACCACGAUACCCAAAAGCAUCUUCUGACUAUUAUAAAAAGAUUAUCAGUGCAAAUGGAUUCCCAAACCCAAGAGAGGUGGACAGCUGGUAUGGGGAAGCCAUGGACUCCUGCUCCACCACACACCAGAGCCUCGCUACAGAUUCCCUGAUUGCUCACAUGGAAAUGGCGACAGAGAUUGUUCUUCCCACAGUUUUCACACUCUGCAUACUCAUCAGUAUUGUCCUACUAAUAUUCUACCUUCGAAAUCACAAUUAAAGUUGCAUGCUUAGACACACCUUCAUUUUGCCUAAUGAAUAAGUGCAAC